AUGUAAUAAAAUUCUUCCUUUGAUGGUAAAGUUGGGAUGGAAAUUGAAAAUUAAACAGAAUUUCUGGAAUAAUCUAAAGAUUCUACUUCUAAAUAGAAAAUAUAUUUAUAUCAAACACCUCCAAAAUAAGAAGAUUUAAAAAUUGAAAAGGAGAUGGAAGAUGUUUAAUCAUCACCACACUUUAAAAAAGAAUAGAAAAAUUAGACAAACUUACCUGAAUUUAAUUUGAGUAUAAAUUUUAAAUAUGGAAAGUAUCUGGAAAAAAAAACGCAACAAAGGAAAAUUAAGAUUAAUUUCAAAAAAAUAUUCAAAAUUUUUCAGAAGGUUAAGAACAAUUUACUCCAAAUAAAAUUGAAUUCCUUUUUUAAGGGUUGAAUAAUUUAUUAGCACAAGCUUAAGAAAGAAUUUAAAAUCAAUCUUAGAUCUCUCUUUGUACAAAUGAUUUAAGUUAAUGCUAUGGAACGUAUAGUGAAAUUAAACAAUAAAUAUCUGAAAUUGAAAAAGUUUAUAGAUGUAUUUAUUAUUCAAUAAUCAAAAAUAGAUAAAGAUGAUGAACUUUUUCAAUUAAAUAUUUAAUUAGAAAAAGAAUUCAAUAUUUGUAAGAAUUAAAAAAUUAUAGAUUCUGCAACAAAUUCUUAAAUGAAUUAAUCUUUUGAUAUUCAUAAAAGAUAUCAAUAAAUUUAAGAAAUAAAAAAAAACAAACUUUAUAUAUUUAAGAAAAAAUAUCAAGAAAAUUAUAAUCAAUUAAGAUAAGACUUUAAUGAUUUGAAGAAUCUAACUAAGGAGAUGUUUUAAAUAAUCUCCUUUAAUAUACAAGAAUGUAAAAUGAAAUUUAAUCAAAAAAUUGAAACAAAAUCUUAAAAAAUUGAGAAAAGUCUAUUUAUUGAUUAUUAAAGUGAUAAAUUAGAAGAAGAUUAUUAACAAAAAUCUUCUUAAUAAAGAGAUGAUGAACAUAUAGAUAAUUUUAUAUAAGAAUUAAUGAAAUUAUUAAAUAUUAGUAAAGAAGAUUAUGAAAAUAUUGAGGAUUUAAAAUUAUAGAUUGUAAAUAAUGUAAAAGAAUAAAAAAACUAUCUAGAAAUAAUUUAGACCAAUUAAAAUUUAAGUGUGAAUUAAAAAAUUAUAAAGUUAAAUACUACUAAAGAUGAAUUACAGAAUGAAUUAGUAUAGUUAAAUUAACAAAAGGAAUAAUAAUAAAAGAUUUUGGAUUAAAAUAGAAUAGAAAUAUAAAAUCUUUAAUAAAAAUUAGAAUAACUAGAAAAAAGGGAUUACAUAGAUCUAAACACUAAGUUAUUCUAACAUGAAUAGAUUUAAAUGGAAUAAUAAUAAUAAUUAAUUUCAAUAUCUUUAAUAAUAAUCUAAUAAUUAUUUUAAUCGACUUCUUUUGAAUCAAGUUUAAAAAAAACCUUUAGUGAAAAAAAUUAAUAUUUAAAUACUUAUUUUAAGGAAGCCAAAAAAAUAAUAUAUGAAAAGAGUUGGCCAAAUGAGGUUAACCCUUUAAAAUAUUUAUAACUUCAUUAAUAAAAAGUUUAAGAGAUAAUGAAUAUCUUUUAUACAGAAUAUAGUAAAAUGAUUAGUUGGAUUUAAUAAUAAAGAGAAAAUUUGAUAAAAUAGCUAUGA